CUGGUAUCUAACCAAGCAUCCAGCGUCGGCUAAGGCAGACCGAGGGGCUAAUCGUGUCAUCACUUCAUCCAACCUCACGUCUCCCUAUCUACGUACCUCUAAUUCUCUGUCCUCGGUCCAUCUCAUUGAUCGCUAUGAGGCAGUGCCUUUCCAUAGAGUCCUAAGCGGACUGACCAUCAUCAAACAAUGAUCCUAGGACAGGUCUCCUGGCUCGAUUGCUUCGUCUUUCUUGUCUUCCUUGCACCUCAACUCAUCAUCCAUGUCGGCUUCUUUCCGACUCUAUUCUGCGGCAUCAAGGCACUGCCAUUUCUAUUGAUCCGCAUGCCCCUGACUUUUAUGUAUGAACGUCUCCUCCUUUCUAAACCUCACCAACCACCUUUUGUCCAGCAAGCUUCAUGGUUUGAAGAUGCUGUUAUCAGAUGUGUAAGAUAUGCCUUUGCAUACAUCCCUGCCGACAUCGGGAGGGUCUUCUUCUCAAAGGGUGCUUCGGUACCGUUUCUGAGAUGGAGGAUGCUGAGGCAUGGGUAUGUAAGGAGGCCGGUCCACUGGGAGGAGAUCCAGAGGAAGGACUUUCAGGGAGUUUGGAUCAUCAAAGAUAAAACAAAGAUGCCUGAUGUUGUAGUUUAUUACGCUCAUGGUGGAGGCUUUUCCAUGGGCACAUCAUAUUUCUAUCUCGAGUUUCUCCUCGCAUUCCACACCCUACUCUCAGACUCCGCCUAUACAGGCACCAAAUUCAGCAACCCCGCCAUCCUCGCCCUAGAAUACACUCUCGUGCCCAAGGCAUCCUACCCAACACAACUCCACCAAGCAAUAGCAGGCUACAAAUUCCUACUCACCAAAAUCCAUGAUCCCUCACGCAUUGUAUUCAGCGGCGACUCCGCCGGCGGGACCAUUAUCCUCUCUCUGCUCCUGCACAUCGGCAACACGAAAGCCAACAUUAAAGGAGCUAAGCCACGCGCGGUAUCAGACGGGGGAAAUGAUAUCCAAGGCGUGAUUCCAGCGUUGGCGGUCCUGGUCAGUCCGUGGACGACACUUAUCUCAUCCAAGGAUAAGAAUACGAAAAGUGAUUACCUGGAUGCAAAUAAUCUGCAUCAUUAUGCACAGCAAUACGUCGGAUCGAGAUACUCGCCUACAGAUCCGUCAAUUUCACCGGGAAAUUGUAAGGAUGUGUCGUGGUGGCGACGUGCGGCUCCAAGUAGUGGAUUGCUGAUCCUGUGGGGUAGAGAGGAGGUGUUUGCGCCUGAGAUCAGAGAGUGGGUAGAGCUGUUGCAGGAGGCGGAGGUGAGUGUAGAAAGUAGAGAGGAGAAAGGUGGGAUACAUGCUUGGCCGGUAGCAAGCUUGUUUUUGAGUUCGACGAGAGAGGAGAGAAUCAAGGGGUUGGCACAAAUGGUCCGGUUUGUUGGGGAGAAGAUGGCGGUCGAGAAGGAACCGAAAGGAGUAGUGGAAAUGGAUGGGAAGUAUAUGUCACAUACAUGA